CAGAGUGGGGAAGGAAAACUAGAAAGGUAGGAAGUGUGCAAGUUACUUGAGAGCUUUGAAAGGCAAACAGGAUUUCAUAUUUGAUCCUGGAAGCAACAGAGAGCCAAUGGCAUUGAUUAAAUAGGAGGUGACAUGUUCAGACUUGAGUUUUAGGAAGACCUCUGAAUGGAGAACAGGCUAGAAUGGAGAGAGAGACCUGAGUAAGAGAGAACAACCAUCGUACUACUGCAAUAGUCCAGAAAUGAGGUCAUGAGGAUCCGUACUGAGGUGGUGGCAGUGUGAGAGGAGAGAACGAGGACUGCAAAAGAAAUGUUUUGAAGAAUUGUACCAUGCCACACUACAAACUCAUUUAUUUUAACAUGAGAGGGAGAGCAGAAAUUAUUCGAUACCUUUUUGCCUACUUAGACAUACCGUAUGAGGACCAUCGGAUAAGUCAAGACGACUGGCCUGCAGUCAAACAAACUGUUCCAUUUGGCAAAAUCCCAAUUUUAGAAGUUGACGGAGUUCCCCUUCACCAGAGUCUUGCCAUAGGAAGGUUUUUGGCUAGAAAAGCAGGUCUGGCGGGGAAGACAGAGUUGGAACGAUGUCAAGUUGACGCCAUCAUAGAUACGCUGGAUGACUUCAUGUCAAGGUUUCCUUGGGCGGAGAAAAAACAAGAUAUCAAAGAUCAGAUGUUUAAUGAGCUGCUCACAAAUGAUGCUCCUGGUUUUCUACAAGAUUUAGACCUUUAUUUAGGGAAGAAGGACUGGCUUGUUGGCAACUCUGUAACCUGGGCUGAUUUCUACUGGGACAUUUGCAGUACCACACUUUUGGUCCUUAAACAUGACUUGUUGGACAAGCAUCCUAAACUGGUAGCCUUAGGAAUAAAAGUUCGAAGCAUUCCUGUGAUUGCUGACUGGAUAAAACAGAGGCCAGAAACCAGAAUGUAGACUAGUAAUUGGUCUGGGGUUAUUCUUUUUCCCCUGGCCUGAACCAUAUAAAGUCAUUCUUGCUUAUGCUAUAUUAAACUUUCUAGAAAGAUAACUGUAAACAUAACAUUUUUCCCAUUA